AUGUCGUACAAUCCCUAUGGUGCGUCGCCUUAUGGUAGACCUCCAGGAUUUGGUGGUUUCCCAGGUCAAAAUGGUUCCGCGCCGGGCAUGGGACCACCCCCAGGAAUGGGUCCUCCACCAGGCAUGUCAGCACCAGGUACUGCUCCUCCUCCUGGUUUACAGCAAGCCAACAAUCCACAGACUUCGCGACCCAGCGGAAUCCCAUCUAAUUUUCAACCUCCGCCCAAUAUGCCGAAUAUCAAUUUCAGUGCGCCUGUCAUUCGAUUAGGUACCGGUCCUGCGAAAUCGCUUACUCCCAUUUCAGCUAGUGGUUCGGGAAUGGAUCCUAUGUCUGUUGGAGGGUCAGAAAGAGCUACCGCCUAUACCUUAAAUGCACAGAGACUAUCAACGAUGAGGGAAAAUAUCAUGUCUUUGGUGCCGCCUACGAAGGAAGAAAUCGUAAGAACGAUAUUUGUGGGAGGUAUUACGGAAGGUGUUGGUGGAGAUGAUGGGAUUGAGCGGAUUCUUAGCUCGGCUGGUAGAUUACGCAGAUGGGAUAGAGCCGUCGAUGGGGCUGGAAAGGAAUGCAGUUUUGGGUUUGCACAAUAUGAUGAUGCGGAAAGUUUGGCUACUGCGGUGGAAAUUUUGAAGGAUAUUGAGAUUCCGACCAAGAAACAACUACCAUAUGAUGGGUCAAAGAAGGAAGAGGAGGAAGAGCUUGAGAAAAGCAAAUUAUUGGUUUUUGUGGAUGAUAAUUCUUUGAAUUAUUUGGAGAAUUAUCAAGCUUCAAAAGCUGAUGAUGCUACAGGCGACCAGACACGACUCGAUGCAGCGAGAAUGGGUUUGAAAGGAGUACUUUAUGAACUGUUUCAUCCACUCAUGUUUGUCAAGGCUGAAGAGAACUCGGAGGAUACUGCUAUGCAGGAUUCCAAUGGCGGCGAUAACGUUGAAGUUGUUAAUAUCCCCUUGGCAGUAGAUGAUGAGCUUGCCGAUAUUCCAGCUGAGAUGAGAGAAACUGUUGCACAGGAAAUCGCUGCUUUUAGGGAUCGAAGCAAUAGACGAGAUCUUGAACGUCUCAAACGCGAAGAGGAAAUGGAGGCAUUGGAAAGGCAAAGAAAUGGUGCACCUCGGCCUUCGCGACUAGCCUCGCCAGGACCACAAAUACCCAGUGGACCUUCUGCUGGCACGAAUAAUAUUCCUCUUGGCCCUCGAGGUGUGCCUAAUGCACCUUCAGGUCCAAAGUUACAGGGCCAACAGAUUCCACGAGACUAUCAAGCAGGUGUUAAAUUUGUUAAUGGAAGUGGUAUCAAUGGUGCAUCCGGCGGGGAUAUUUAUUAUAACCGUGAAGACGAGGAUAGUGAUGCUAGUGACGAAGAGCUUGAAAGACGCCGAAAAGCUAAGAAAGAGGCAGAACUCGAGAAACAAUAUCUUGAUCAAGAACGACGCUGGCUUAAUCGUGAAAGAUCUCGCACAGCAGCUGUCCAAAGAGAAAAGGAACGUGAAGACGAGGAUGUUGCCAAUGCAGAUGUUUUGAAACAAAAAAUGGCAGCAAGGCUCAAAGAAUGGGAUGAUGAUGCUGAGGCUGCCCGGAAAACUGAUCCAUAUUACGUUGACCGGAGCCUCUGGCUUCGAAAUCGUGCAGCGUUUGUCCAACGUGAAGCCGCUGCUGAUGAACGAGAUAGAAUCAUGGAACAACACGAGAGACGACGCGAGUCAUCAGAUAAGGAACAGGCUAGGGGAUUGGCAGAUUCAUUCCUUGAUCGUCAAGCCGAGGAACUCGAAACAAGAUCUACUCGCUUGGCUCAACAGCCCUUCAAGUUGUCUCUUGGAGCUGCGGCCCAGAAAGCUCAAAAAGCAGCACCACCUCGUCGUACUGUCGCUGAAGUUGAAGGUCUCCUUGAGGAUGAGGAGGAAGCGGAUAAUGCAUCAAAACGUACACUUAUCCCCAUUAAAUUCGAUCCUUCAACAGCAGCGGCUGGCCUUUCCGAUGAAGAACGUGACCAAGCGGUUCGACAACUUGCGCAAGAGAUACCUACUGAGAAAGAAGGACUUUGGGCAUGGGAUGUUAAGUGGGAUUUCGUGGAUGAUGCUGUGAUUGUGGAGAAAUUGAGGCCAUUCGUGGAAAAGAAGAUUGUGGAAUAUUUGGGUGUGCAGGAGCAGUUACUUGUGGAGGUGGUAGAGGAACAUAUUAGGACGAGGGGGAAGCCUCAAGAACUGGUGGAGCAAUUGGAAGGGGCAUUGGAUGAAGAAGCAGAAGUUCUUGUGAAGAAGUUAUGGAGGAUGGUCAUAUUCUUUUCGGAGAGCGAAAAGAGGGGUCUUUCUGCAUAA